UAAUUGGUUUAUUAAGAAUAAAAAUAGCAUUGCAUUUAAUCUAAAAUAACUUUGCAUGUUUGAAAUAAAUGCUGGUGUGUAUUCUCAGAGGCCCGUGAGAGGAGAAGCUCUGUAUCUUUAGCGAGCUAGCGAUAAAUGAACGGUCAAGCGGACGUCGAGGUGGACUACAAGCGGAAAUACAAAAAUCUCAAACGAAAAUUAAAAUUUCUUGUUUAUGAGCAGGAAUGCUUUCAGGAGGAGCUGAGGAGAGCACAGAGAAAACUUCUUAAAGUUUCCAGAGACAAAAGCUUCCUUUUGGACAGACUGCUGCAGUAUGAGAGGGUAGAUGAAGACUCCUCAGAUUCAGAUGCAACAGUUUCUUCCGAAAAUAGUGAAGGAGAAGGCCCCAGGGAGAGGGAAAGAGAACGAGAUGGAGCAAAGAAGCGAAGAAGUAGUCCUGGAGCGUGUCUUCCUUCAUCAUCCUCCCCUCAUCUUGCCCUGCUGUCCCGUCCCUUACAGUCAUCAGGCUCUGGACCGUACCUCAACACUAUGCCCUUCCCACCAGAGUAUUUGGCUCCUCCAGCUGAACGAAUGAAGAAAGAGAGAAAAACAAAGACGCCUAAAAACAAGAGAGAGACUACGGGGAAGGUUGUUGCCCCCAUGGCAGCUAAUUACCCAUCAGCCCCUGCAGCCCCUCCUGCAACCAGCGGCCCCUUCAGUUGGGUUCCCAGGCAGAUGCUGAGUGGAGAUGCAGCUGAAGAGGAGGGAGACAGCGAUGCAGACAGUGACAGAGGAGACGAAGACAGAGGGGAGGGAGACGAGGCAGAACUGGUCAUUGACAUCCCUAAUGAGUGAGCCUGAGUGUGUGUUUUAGAGGUAUUUAUAAGCGACGGAUGGGGGGUUUGUACAUCUGUGUGUGUGAGGGAGUGUGUGUUUGUGUGAGAGCAAAAGACAGGAUGGGACUGAAUAUAUUUUCUCUAUUCACAUAUUACAUUUGACAUUUUCAAAACAAAUGAGGGCCAAGCUCCCUCCUGUGGACUUUUGCUUAAGUGCAGUAUCACUGACAAAAAUAUCUCCCAAUGUUUCCAAUAUUAUGUGAGAAAAUCUGUGACAAAAUUACUGUUUGUAAGCUUUUAAGAAGAAUAUGCUGUAACUGGGGUGAUUGGAUUAUUUACUUGUUUAACAGUUCAAGCUGCCUGCUGAUGUUUUUGUUUUGUUUGUUUAAACAGUCUAGCAAUCUACGAACUGUGACUAUAACUAGGUGUGUCCUGCACAGAGAGUUUGUGUUAUUUGUUUUGCAUUGUCUAAACACAAUCUCAGACUUGGUAUGUAAAACAUUCUGCAGUCCAUUAAAGUGUUUUUAGUAUAAUGUUGUUUCAAAUACAACUUCAUGUUUGCUUGUUACAGGCAGUUCUGAUACCUGUCAUUUGUAUUGAUGUUAAUGUUUGUUUUUUUUAAGCAAAAUCUCAAAAAUCAAAGCUACUUCAUGUUAAUUUAGAUUUCAUAUUUUUGCACCUAUCACCUGUGUGUCAGAAAGUAAAAUGUAAAAUAAUUUCAGAAGACUAAAAAAUUUUGUUUAAAGUUAAAUUGUGUGUCAUGUUUUAUUCACAUAUUCUGCUGACAAUAUACAGAGGCUAUUUUACCUUUAAAAUGUGUGUUAGGGCUGGUGUUUGUUUGUUUCUUUUUGCCCCCUAUUAAAGUAUUGCUGUAUUUCUCUUUA